AUGUCGAAAGUCAAAACCCUCGUCUCGAGCCUCCACGACAAGCUUUCUCACCACAAGCAUGAACUCGGCCAGACGUUGACCUGCCACGACAGCCAGGGCAUCCGAGGAGGCUCUGAGAGUGAUGUCGCUGACAUCAUCGAGAAAGAAGAAUGGUCGACCGAGGAUGAAGAUGAUGAUGGGCUUCAACAUAGCCAGCCGACAAAAAGUCUAGAGGAUUUUCUCGACAACGAUGAUUCUCCAGAAGCAAAAGAGCGCUAUGGCGUACUCCCCCUUAUGCAAUCUCAAGAACAAGAAGGUGACCAUGAUGCGCGGCAGUCCGCGUGGGUCUCUCUGACCGAGAUUGACCCCAACUCGAUUGGCAAGGAGAUCUGUUUUCGAGCUCGGGUUCACAUUGUCCGGCGCAUGAGCGGAAAACUCGCCUUCAUUGUCUUUCGCGAACAGACCACCACCGUGCAAGGCGUGCUCAGUGCGAAUGGCGGCGGGAUCAGUGAGAACAUGGUCCGAUGGGCGGAACACCUACGGACCGGCAGCAUCGUCAUUGUCAAUGCCAAAGUCAAAGAACCCGAACAGAAGGUCAAGAGCACAAGCAGCCACCAUAUCGAGGUCGAGAUCCUGAAGAUUCACGUUGUGUCGGCAAGAACAGCUCCUGUGCCCUUCAGCGUGUACGAGGCCGAUGCUGCCACAGACGACCACGCGAUCUCUGAUAGAGUACGGCUUGCCAACCGCGUCCUCGACCUACGAACCCCAUCCGCACAAGCCAUUUUCCGAGUCCAGUCGUCCGUUUGUAGGACUUUCCGCAACACUCUCGAAGAUCGCGGCUUUCUCGAGAUCCAUACGCCAAAACUACAAGGAGGCGCAACAGAGGGAGGAGCUGAUGUCUUCAAAGUCAAUUACUUCGGACGUCCGGCUUUUCUCGCUCAAAGCCCACAGCUCGCCAAACAGAUGUGCAUAUCAGCCGACUUUGCUCGAGUAUUUGAGAUUGGUCCUGUUUUCCGUGCUGAGAAUUCGAACACUCCUCGCCACAUGACCGAGUACACCGGACUGGACCUUGAAAUGGCCAUCGACCAACAUUAUCAUGAAGCAAUGUGGUUGAUUGACGCCACACUCAAGGAGAUCUUCAAGACUAUAUACGACCGUAACCGGAACGACGUUGAUAUUGUGAAACGCCAUUUCCCACAUGACGACCUGAUCUGGUUGGAUAAAACGCUGAGGCUUACAUUUGCAGAGGGGGUCAAAUUGCUGAACGACUCUGGCUGGACGAAUGACGACGGGAGCCAACAAUCAGAGCACGAGGACUUACCUACCAGGGCUGAGCGAAGAUUGGGAGAGUUGGUCAAGGAAAAAUACAACACUGACUAUUACAUCCUGGACAAGUUUCCCACGGCAGCACGUCCCUUCUACACCAUGCUGGACCCCAAAGACGACCGAGUGAGCAAUUCUUUCGACUUUAUGGUUCGGGGACAGGAGAUUCUGUCAGGUGGACAACGCGUUCACGACUACGAUGUCCUGAGAGCGCGGAUGGAAGCUCAGGGCAUGAAGCCGGAUGACCUCAAGGAGUAUAUGCAGGCCUUUGAGUGGGUGGCACCACCUCAUGCGGGCGCGGGCAUCGGUCUGGAACGACUGGUAUCCCUCAUCCUCGAUCUCGGCAACUUGCGCUACGCAACCUUGUUUCCUCGCGAUCCGAAAUCCUUCCCUGCAAGCAAGGCACCCGUUCUACGACAUCCCGAAGACGACACGUUAAACCGUCCCAAAGGCCGUCUCCAACCGCUCGAGAACCUGGUAGCAAACUACGGCGACGCCACAAAUACAUCGUGGAUGGACGAACGCUUUCACGUGUGGCGGGACGAGAAGACGGGCGCCGCGGUCGCCUAUGUCCCUACCCACGAUCGAGCCAUCAUCGCAGGUAACCCUCUCUGCCACACAAGCCAGUAUGAGGACGUGAUCACGACGUUCCUGAAGUGGCUCCGCCGCGAGACUCGUCUCAGGCCACUCUUCAUUCUCGUGGACAAGGAAGUCGAAGAAGUCCUCGGCGACAAACUUGGCUGGAGGAGCUUCACCAAUGUGGCGGAGCAGCGUGUCAACCUGGCCAACAACGAACACUUGAACAUCGAGAGUGACGUUGCCCGAAAGAUCCGGCACGCCACAAAGGAAGGCAUCACCGUGGUCGACUACGGCAGCGACGUUCCCGAAGACAUAUGCCGACAGGUCGAGCAGCGCGUCAAGGAUUGGCAGAACAAUCGGGAGGGCGAGCAAGUCCACCUCAGCGAGAUCACCCCCUUCAAGGACGCCGCACACCGACAGUACUUCAUUGCGAAAUCCAGCUCCGACAACAAAAUCCACUCGUUGGUCGUGCUCGCCCAACUGGCACCCCGCUAUGGCGUCCAAGUGAAAUGGGCGCUCGACUUCCCCGGUGCGCCCAACGGUGCCAUCGAACUGACGGUCCAGCACGCUCUAAGAGCAGCCGCCGAUCAGGGAUACAAGACGUGCACAUUUGGCGGCGGUGCCACGGCCAAACUCUCCACGGGACAUAACGUCGGCGGCGCCAAGGCAGCCACACUGGACAGCCUGUAUCAGACAUUGGCCGCGCGGUUCAGGUUGAACCAGAAGACCGGAUUCCGAGCAAAGUUCAACACGUUGGAUGAUCCGUUGUUCCUAUGCUAUCCGCCGAGAGGGUUGGGCCAGAAGGGGGCAAGAGCCAUUGUUGAUUUCUUCAGGGGGGAGUAA